AUGUCCCUUAGUGAUGCUAUAAAAAUAGCACCUUCGAUUAAGAAGUAUAUAAAGGACGUGACAUCUCCAAACUACCCAAUUGCAGAACAUAGCGUGAUGAUUAUUUCAGAAGAAGUAAGUGCUAUGAUUAAAGGAGAAACUCCAACAAAGAGACCAGAUCCUGGUAGUUUUGUCCUAGAUUGUAAAAUAGAAAACACGCGUUUUCCUAGAUCAUUAUGUGACCUCGGCUCUAGCGUGAACUUUAUGCCUUACUCUGUUGCAGUAACUUUAGGAUAUAAAGAGUUUAUGUCAACUCCGAUCACCCUGGUCUUAGCUGAUAGAUCUAUUAGCGUACCCGAAGGAAUUCUCGAAGAUGUUCCCAUAAAGAUCAAUGAUUGCAUCGUGCCUACGGAUUUUGUUGUGUUAAAAUACAGACAAGAACCCAAAGACCCCCUCAUUCUGGGUCGGCCAUUCCUAGCUACAGCUGGAGCAAUCAUUGACGUCAAAGAAGGACGAAUUAAUUUGAACAUAGGGAAUAUCUCGAUGACUUUUGAUAUGGAAAAACUGAAUAAGCGACCCCUAAUAGAUGACCAGGCCUUCUACGUGGAAAACGUUUCUGAGGAUGAAAAAGACUCUUUCAUAAACAUGUUUUCAGACAACCCCUUAGAAGACACCCUUAACCACGUGGAAAAUGAAAUUUUCAGCAUAUCAGAUAUGACAGAUGAUUACAUGCGACUGAUGGACGCUAGCAUCGAAGUUGCAAACGUAGAAGAAAAUGACGACUCAGAUGUUGUCAUCGAUCGAUACCUUCAAGAUACCGUCGAUCGACAUACUCCCUCGCAAUCAAAUUGGUCUAAAGAUAAAGCACCAAAGGUAGAAUUGAAACCUCUACCCAGCGGUCUUAAGUACGCUUACCUUUAUGACCAGUCCUACCCUGUUAUCGUCAACGCCAAUCUCACUAGCGGAGACUUGCUUUAUUGCUGA